UAGGCGAGUCCAUAUGACACGGUACCGGCCACGAUCUCGCUCACAGUGCUUGCAACUCGCGGCUCUCGAGUCUCGUUUAGUCGUGCCGAUAGUAACCUCGCAGUGCACCUUUCCCGAUUAACAAUCGACCAUUUCUCCGGUUGCUUUCCGUUUCGAAGGAUAAACUAACAAACCAAACAUGUGUGACGAAGAAGUUGCUGCACUCGUAGUUGACAAUGGAUCCGGUAUGUGCAAAGCCGGUUUCGCCGGAGAUGACGCGCCUCGAGCCGUCUUCCCCUCCAUCGUCGGCAGACCUCGCCAUCAAGGUGUCAUGGUUGGAAUGGGGCAGAAGGACUCCUAUGUUGGAGAUGAGGCCCAAUCGAAGAGAGGUAUCCUUACCUUGAAAUACCCAAUUGAGCACGGUAUUGUCACCAACUGGGAUGACAUGGAGAAGAUCUGGCAUCACACAUUCUACAAUGAGCUUCGAGUAGCCCCCGAGGAACAUCCAGUUCUUCUUACUGAGGCACCCCUCAACCCUAAGGCUAACCGUGAGAAGAUGACACAGAUCAUGUUCGAAACGUUCAAUACGCCCGCUAUGUACGUCGCUAUUCAAGCUGUACUUUCGCUGUACGCUUCCGGUCGUACCACCGGUAUUGUAUUGGACUCCGGUGAUGGUGUUUCGCACACUGUGCCAAUCUACGAAGGAUACGCUUUGCCUCACGCAAUCCUCCGUUUGGACUUGGCUGGUCGUGAUUUGACCGACUACCUCAUGAAGAUCCUCACGGAAAGAGGAUACUCCUUCACCACUACGGCCGAACGUGAAAUCGUCCGUGACAUCAAGGAGAAGCUCUGCUACGUCGCUCUGGACUUUGAGCAAGAGAUGGCAACUGCCGCUUCAUCAUCGAGCUUGGAAAAGAGCUACGAGCUUCCGGACGGUCAAGUCAUCACCAUUGGUAACGAAAGAUUCCGUUGUCCCGAGGCUCUCUUCCAACCAUCCUUCUUGGGUAUGGAAGCCUGUGGUAUUCAUGAGACCACUUACAACUCCAUCAUGAAGUGCGACGUCGACAUCCGUAAGGACCUGUACGCCAACACUGUCCUUUCCGGAGGUACCACCAUGUAUCCUGGAAUCGCAGACAGAAUGCAAAAGGAAAUCACUGCCCUAGCUCCAUCUACUAUGAAGAUCAAGAUCAUCGCACCGCCUGAGAGGAAAUAUUCCGUAUGGAUCGGUGGAUCAAUUCUUGCAUCUUUGUCCACCUUCCAACAGAUGUGGAUCUCUAAACAGGAAUACGAUGAAUCUGGACCAUCCAUCGUCCACAGGAAGUGCUUCUAAGCGCAUCUUUGAUAUUCCUCUUGCAUACUAUCAUUCCCCGAACCCCGAGAGCGGCCUCUGUCUCGUUUCACAGGCGGACGUAACAUCAACUUCCGCAAUAAUUGUCCUUUGGUUCCUCCGGGGCGAAGGUAGCUUCUUUCGAUUCGGAUGUACGCGGGACAUAAUUAGCGCAGAGGCAAUCCUAAACAUCUUUGCUCCAUUCAUUUUUCAUCAUUUAAUUAGACACUAUUAUAUCUUAAACGUACCUCCCGAAUUCCUAAACAUCCUUCUAUCCCUAUCGAAUCCUUUGUAUUAUAUAUUCAAAUAACAUGCCUACGGUAGCUUCUAGCUAACCACCCUCACGAAAACAUCUUUUUUAUGACAUCGCGAUGUUUACACUCUACAAUAAAAAAAAAAAAAUAAUUUCUUUUCUUUUCCUCGCGUAUGCUGUAUUUGCCAAUUUAAUGUUCGCGAGUUUGAGCUGAAAAACAUUGCGUAAAUUAUUUCGAAGUAUCGUUCGAUGCAGAACGAAUCCGUUAUCGAGGAUACGUGCUGCUCGAAAGGUUCCUUAAUUUUAUAUCCUCCGAUUAAAUGCAUUCCGCUAUUCUGCUCCGUGGUAUUUAAGACAUUCAUUUCGGUCUUUCGACAAUUCAUCAUUCCCGGCGGAGUUAGACCUUCGACGUAUUAGUAAUUUCUUCUUUUUCUUUUUUUUACCGUUACCAAUCGUUGAGGGGAAAGAUGGCUCUUUCUUUUUUUUUUUAAAUAAUGGGGGAGACCGCUGACCCAGAAAAGUAUCCCACAAAUGCUCGCUCAAACGAAAGAAAAAGACACGGUUUCGACCCCGCAAGCGUAGCCAAAGUAUUAUAAUUUAUUCCCAUUGUAUUGUGCAAGACCAUUCACGUACACAUCUUAAAGAAUAUUUAGACUUAUGGGAUUAUAAAAUAAAACUCUUAAAAACAUUA